AUGUCGGGCAUGCCCCUCAACCAAAGCCUCAACCAAGGCCUCACGGCCGCUUGGGGCGUCAAGUCCGCCACGGCGUCCCCUGCUGCCACUGUAGCUCUUAAAAAACGCGGACGCAAGAUAGGACUGAACGACUCGCCAGAUGGCACGGCUACUCCAACAAGCCAGCCCGCGAGCGACAAGGAGAUCGAGCCGCCGCGUAAGCGUCGCCAACGCCGGGAGCAGGAGGACAAGUAUACUCCUCCAGACGCGCGGUUAUCCCAGCUCGGCGGACUCAAUAAACAGAUUACGCAGUUGCUUGAGAUUGUCGCCCUCCCGCUCCUCCAUCCCGAAAUCUACACCCAUACCGGCGUACCCCGUCCCCGCGGAGUUUUACUCCAUGGCGUCCCCGGAGGAGGCAAGACACAGCUCGUGAAAUGCCUCGCUGGCGAUCUUGGGUUACCUUUUAUCACUGUUUCGGCGCCCAGUAUCGUAAGCGGGAUGAGUGGGGAGAGUGAACGCGCCCUCCGUGAACACUUUGACGAGGCCAAGAAACACGCUCCGUGUAUUUUGUUCCUGGAUGAGGUGGACGCCAUUACGCCCAAGCGCGAGACGGCUCAGCGCGAGAUGGAGCGCCGUAUCGUCGCCCAGCUCCUGACGUGUAUGGACGACCUCGCCGCCUCCGACAAGCCUGUCGUCAUGAUCGGGGCCACGAACCGCCCCGACAGCCUUGAUCCGGCACUCCGCCGCGCCGGACGGUUCGACCACGAGAUCGAGAUGGGCGUGCCCUCGGUCGAGGGGAGGGAGGAGAUCCUCCGCGUCCUCUGUUCCGGCCUGCAGCUGAGUGGCGACGUCGAUAUCCGGUGGCUCGCCAAGGCUACGCCGGGAUACGUCGGCGCCGACCUGACGGCACUCACGACCGAGGCAGGUGUUGUUGCCGUCAAGCGCAUUUUUGAGGGAAUGGCCUCCGAGCCUGAACUCGAGGGAAUGGCACUUGACGAUGGACCGCUCGCAUCGCUCCCUCAAGCCAUCCUCCAAACCCCCAUCGGCCGCUUCCUCACCCGCCACCCCAACCCACUUGCCGCAGACCAGCUCUCAUCCCUUGCCAUUGGGCCCGCUGACUUUGUCGCCGCGCUCAAGGUUGUACAGCCAAGCGCCAAGCGCGAGGGAUUUGCCACCAUGCCCGACGUGAGCUGGGCCGAUAUCGGAGCUCUGGGCAAUGUCCGCGACGAGCUGCACAUGGCUGUCGUCCAGCCUAUCCGCCAUCCCGAGAUGUUCGAUGUCGUUGGCAUCGACGCGCCCUCUGGUGUUCUCCUCUGGGGUCCUCCCGGAUGCGGCAAGACGCUCCUCGCAAAGGCGGUGGCCAACGAGAGCCGCUGUAACUUUAUUUCAGUCAAGGGCCCCGAGCUGCUCAACAAGUACGUGGGCGAGAGCGAGCGUGCUGUGCGCCAAGUCUUCGCACGGGCUCGGGCGAGCGCACCAUGCGUCAUCUUCUUUGAUGAGCUCGACGCCCUCGUCCCACGCCGCGACGACUCAAUGUCCGAGUCGUCCGCGCGGGUGGUGAACACCCUCCUGACAGAGCUGGACGGCCUCGACACCCGCAAGGCCGUGUAUGUUAUCGGCGCAACCAACCGUCCCGACAUGAUCGAUCCGGCAAUGGUGCGUCCUGGACGCCUCGACAAACUGUUAUAUGUGGACCUUCCCUCCCCGCCAGAACGUCUGGAAAUCUUGCGCACCCAUACGAAACGCACACCCAUCGUCGACGCCGAUUGGCGCCACAUCGACACGCUCGUCACCUCGGAUUCAUGCGACGGUUUCUCGGGUGCCGAUCUGGCCGCGCUCGUUCGCGAGGCGGCUAGUCUGGCUUUGCGGGGGGCAUUGGAGGAAAUCGGCGCGUUCGAGAACGACAACGAUACCGGUGCCGAGAAAUUGCGGCCCGUUGUGGUUGGCGCCCCCCAUUUCCUCGCUGCAGCUGAGAAGACGCGGCCCAGUGUCAGUAAAGAGCAGAGGCGGAAUUACGAGCGGAUGCGCGAUCGGUAUGCUGGCGUGCCUACUCGCGGUCGGCGGACGCGGAUGGAGCGCGAGAAUGAUCUGCUUAGGGCCCAGCUUGAGAGACAGUCGAAGAAUGGCGUCGACGAGGUCGCCGAGCGUAUUGGCCAAGUUCUCCCGGGGUUGGCUUAG